GAGGUGCAUUGUGGGGAGGAAAGUCGUUGCCAUUCGACCUCUGCGGGGCCUGCGCGGACGCAGCGAGAACCCUGAAAUUCAUUAUGCCUUUAAAACCUUUAUUUAUUUCCGCAUAACCUACAUACUCUCACCGGGAGGGCCAAAGCGGAGAAAAGAAACGACGACGGUCCAUCUCUUUCGGAUAAUUCAUCGUUUAAAAUCCAUUACUGUUGUCGGAGGGGGAUACUGUUGAGAAAGUGAAGAUUCUAAUAUAUAUUAAGAAAAAUGUCCGGUGAGAGAAACCGCAGGUCGCUGGCUUUCCGAGGAGGUGGAUUAGCUGGGUUAACGGGUUCCAGCGGUAUCGGUGGGGGGAACUGUAACAGCUGGGAGGCCCCGGCCUGUCAAGACCGACAUUUUAACGGGAACAGGCCGGAUCAAGAGGAGGACAGGGAUCUGGGGGCUAAAGGAUCAUCGCAGAAGAGAGUGGAGGGCGCUGGGUCUGUCAGCGAUAGCACGGAACCCGAGGCGGAGGAAGAAGAGGACCCGGAAGAGGGCAGCUUGGCAGCCGGGGACGGCGACGAUCGUGUCGGUUCUGUGGAAGGGGAGGACGGGUCCAGAGAGGGGAGUAGCUUGACAGAGGGGAACGGUCCCAACGACGCCGACGGCCAGGAGUCGGGAAGCGGAGCGACCGGGUGCGAGACGGGAUCCAGGAAAUCUGGGGUAGAGAUGAGACCGCAGACGUUGCUUCAGAAACACUCAUUAUUCCAUGCUUCGUGGUUGCAAGAAUUUCCAUGGCUCAAAUUUUGCCAGGAGACGGGACUCAUGUCUUGUUCUUGGUGUCACAACAUUGCCACUAAAAACAGCGACGAGCUUGUCAAAGGCAGUCGCAACUACAAACGGGCCUUGCUGCUGAGACAUCACCUGUCUUCUGAACACGGGAGAAAUGACCCCACCAAACAGGAGACGAUGAGGCCCUCAGACAACGCCAGCCCCUCCACUAACUGCUCAGGGGAAGACUACCGCAACAAGCCCAAUGAGAACUCCUACUGUUACCAGCUUCUCCAGGAGCUGGACAAGCAACGCAAAAGUGGCAUCCUCUGUGACGUCAACAUAGUCGUCUCGGGCCAGGUGUUCCGCGCACACAAGAACAUCCUGGUGGCGGGCAGUCGCUACUUCAAAACCCUCUACUGUUUGACCAAGAGCGAGGCCCAGGACCAGGCCACGGUCACACACCUGGAUGUUGCUGCUGUGCAGGGCUUCUCCGUUAUCCUCGACUUUCUCUACUCUGGGAAUCUGCUGCUCACAAGCCAAAACGCCAUUGAGGUGAUGUCUGUUGCUAGUUACCUCCAGAUGACAGAGGUUGUACAUUCAUGUAGGGCCUUUAUAAAGGAUGCCCUGAAUAUCAGCAUCAAGCAGGAGGCUCCUGAUUCAGUGGUGGUGGACUACAACAAGAGGCAGAUGGUGUCCAAAGAGGGACAGAGAGGGCUGGACCGGAAGCCGAGCAACUUCUGGGCCACAAGCAUCCUGUCAAAGCUGUCGAUCAAGGCCAGCAACAAUCAAGGAAAGGAGGCAAUGGAAGAAGACGACGAAGGUGUCAGGGUGAAGGAGGAGUCCAGCGAUAUAGAGGUGACAGUGGUCGGGGGUGAGGGCUGUGCCCUGGUGACCCCCGGAGCCUCCGGUAACUGGCCCCACCACAACGACAACUCGUCUGAUUCAGCAGAGACCAAUGACACACGGUCGGCGAGUGGCCAGGUAUUCGUCUGGAACGAGCCAGCCACAGGUGGCGCUGCAGCAGCACCUGCAGCAAUAAAGCAAGAAGCACCAGAUGCUGCUGCAGGAAGCGGCCGGAGGAAAAAACAGACCACCACACGGCGUUUUGUGUACAACUUUCCACCAGAGCCUGAAGAGGGAUUUGAUGAGGGGAUGUUCAUCCAGCCCUCAGCCUCCUACCCCAGAGAGGACUUCUCCUCCCUCUCCGAAAACGCUGAGCUGGCCAAUCAGAUCCAGUAUAGCAUCAUCCAGGACUUACAGCAAGGGGAGUCCUGGGAGAAUGGUGAGUCCUCACACCUAGCCCUCAAUAAGCUCAAGUGCCCCCACUGUAACUACAUCGCCAAGCACCGGCGCACGCUCAAGAGGCACCUGAUCAUCCACUCGGGUGUGCGCUCCUUCAGCUGCGACAUCUGUGGCAAGCUGUUCACCCGCCGCGAGCACGUAAAGAGACAUUCCCUGGUGCACAAGAAGGACAAAAAGUACAAGUGCAUGGUGUGCAAGAAGAUCUUCAUGCUUGCAGCCAGCGUCGGUAUCCGCCACGGCUCGCGGCGCUACGGCGUGUGUGCGGACUGCGCCGACUCGCACCAGGCCACUCAGGAGGGCCUGGAGGCCAUGGAGGGCAUGGAGUUUCCUCGCGACGAAGACUUCGAAGGCGAGGAGGGGGAGUUCCUGGAGGGGGAGGAGCCUACCGACAACGACCAAUCAAAUUGGGGCGAGGGCAACACUGGUGCUGCCCCCGAAGAGGACUAAGAAUUUAAAAAGCUUGAGAAACAAAACUAAAAAAAAAAAAGUUGAUGUUUAAUAUAUAUGUAUACAAAAACUAGCUGGUAAACAAUCAACUCCAAAGUGCUAUCAAACCUUGAGGUUACUUAAUUGUGCAAGUAUAUGACAAAGAGAUGGAUUAAAAAACAAAAAAGCUUUGGCAGAGUGGGAACUCCAAGAUGUACAGAUUUUAUUAUUGUUAAAAUGUGUCCAACUCUGGGCCCAGAGCCCACAAGAGAAAGAUUCUAUCGACAAAUAAUAUGAUAAAUCAGGUUUUUGGUGAUGUAUUUUUAUUUCCUGUUUUUCGGGGGGGAGAGUCGGGCAGGGUGAUGAUGUAGUUUUUGAGUUGGGGUAGGCCAAUCAUCUAAAAAAGCAAAAUGUUAAUUAUUUAAUUUAUGAAAAGAGGUUAUUAUGGUCUUAUCGAUAAUUUUUAUUUCUGUUGUUUUUGUCUGCGAGCAGAGGCGCAGCGAUGUCUGUCGCUGUCUGCACAAUCUGAAAGUAUAUUGCUUGGUGCUUGUAGAAGUACACAGAAGAAGAGCAUUAUUGUCCACAGGAAGAUUUUUAACUUGCUCUGUAGAUCUUGUUUAGAUGCGCUAAAUAUUAUUAUAUUAUUCUUUUCAAAUUUUUUUUUUCUUUCCCUGCACAGAUCUUGGAACCAAAAAAAUCUGUUUUGUGACUCUAAUGUAUCGCAGCCAUAUUUAUGAUUAAUUUAAGAGGGCUGUGGUAUUGUGCCAAACAGACCGCACACCAAGAUUUAGCAGGAAGCAAAAACUACUGAAUACGCUUAAAAAAAAAUUUAAAAAAAAGAAAGAAAAGACAACGUGAGGUUUUUUUUGUUAAGCGGGAAAAAAAGACGACUUAAAAAAAAGUACAAGGGGAAAUGUUAUUGCUAGCUUUAUACAAAUCACGGCGUCACAGUAACACUUUAUUAUUAUUAUUAUUAUUAUUAAACAAAAGCAUUUGACUUUCACUUAAAGCUUGAAUUUUGCCAAAUGACGAAACGUUUGGUGCUGUAAUGCUUGUCGCAGAAUACUGGACCUACAGGCUAUAUAUGAUGUUUAUAAUCAUAAAGCUUAAACUGACUCAGUUAUACAUAUGUAAUCAGCUUAAACUAUAGAACACUGUUGUGCUACGGCGACUAUCAGGUAUGCUUUGCCAUUGUUUUUAAGCUUUUAUUUUAUUUAAUGCACACACACACACACACACACACACACACACACACACACAUACCAUUUUGUAGAUCUACCGGCAGUACUUGUAAUUUGACGUUUUGAGGACCUAAGUGGACAUCAAUACCUGUAUACGUUUGUUUAUAUUUGGUACUGAGUUAUAAAGUAAAUACAGUAUAUAUAUAUUUUGAAUCACUUGAACGUUGAGGAGAAAGAAGUGUGCAGAAAAUCAUAAUGUAAGUCUGAGAGAACUCCAUUUUUCAUGUGUAAAAGGUAAACAAAAUGUCAUCGGUUUAAUUUGAUGUAAGUUUCUUACUUUUUUUUUUUUUUUUUUAGGUCUGCCAGGUAGAAAAACACUUUGUUCCACAAAAAGUGAAGCUCUAUGGCGCCUCAUAGACAUGCACUUACGUUUGUGUUCAUGAAAAUAAUUUUCUUCUGUUUCUUCGCUUCCCCAAAAAGCGGGUCUGAAUGGAACUAUAUAAACUGUUGUGUCUUUUCUUCCAGUGCGCAACUUUUUUAUUAGAUUUUUUUUUCUUUUUUUUUCUUUUUUUGUUAUUUAAUAUUAUAUAUAUAUUGACUCCAAAAUGCAAUCAAGACUGUUAAUUUCUAUUUGUCCAACCAAAAUUGUUGUUUUUAAUUAUUGUUGAACUAUAAUGUAUGAGAAAAGCCAGGUGAAAACUUGCUUAGUGUAGAGAAUCCUUGCUCGUGUCUGUAAUUGUUGAGAUUUUUAAAUGUUUUUAUGCUACAGAAUCAUUCACUUUACCCUAGAUGCAUAUUUUGUUUAAUUUUGUCCUUUCCACAGAUGUCUCCUUUCUCCUUUUGUUAUUUCAUUAAGCACAUAUUUUCUAAAGAAACACGGAUUGUUUGCGGGUUAAAACCUUGGAACAGCAGUAUCUGUUCAUAUGCAGUGGAUUAUACAGUAUGUACUGAAGUGCUAAUGAUACAGAAGAUGUGUAACUUCCCUUUACUCUCAGUGGAAGAAGAUUAAGAUAUUUUAAGUCAUAGAGAUAUUCAUCCUCUUCGUGUCACUUUUACCUUCAAAUCACUGUGGGAGGGGUUAUAUUACGGAUAUAUAUAUAUCUAUAUAUAUGUGGAGAUUAUAUGAGAUAAAUAUAUAUAUAUAUAUGAAGAAUCUAUUAUUUAACUAGUGGAUUUACUUAAUGGAACACGUUGACGGUCAGCUCCAAACCUCCUGGCGUGGUGGUUUAUUUCCGUAAACUUUAACCUUCCGCUCUCUCUCUGUUCACGCUGUGUGCUUGCUCAUCACACCAUCCUGUUGUCUUGUUUGUUCUUUUGAUACUAUUUACCAUCCUACUGAUUUUACUGUAAUGAAUGAAACUCAAAACUAUGAUGUAUCAUUUUAGAUUUUAUGCUGUAUUUGUUAUAUGGACAAAAAAGAAAAAAACACGAAAAACGAAGCAAAAACACUACAGAUGUAAAAGCAGAGGUUUUUUUUCCCCAGCUGUAUUUUUUUACGCUGUUGCAAAAGGUUGUAUUUUUCAAUUUCUCUCGAACUUUAACAGUGAUGCAAAACUCGGGCCGCGCCUCAGUGCCCUCCGAACACAAAGCAAAUUCAGGUUACUCUUUUUACGUUUUUAUCAAAGGUUUUCAAAGAUGGAACUACAUUCUCCUUUUUUCUGUCUGAAUUGUACUACUGUCCCUCUCUAUACUACAUUUUAAGAAUAAAACUUUGAUAUUG